UCACUGCAUGAGUCGUAGGAAAUUGAAGGCUGUAAAAACUGCUGUGUAUAUGGUGAUUGUCUGUGUUGACUGUUAGUUUCAUAAACUCAGAACGUCAAAGUUUUUAAGGGCGACAUGUCUCUAGGGCUCUUGCAGAAUCCAUUGCUGCAGUUUGGAGGCAUGACGUUCUUCGCUCGACCCCAUGAAUCUGAUACAUGUGGUACAAAUGGUUUACCGUUAACACCAAACUCAAUUACCAUCAUUGGCAAAUCACAAAUAUUAAAAGAUAUUGAACAUCCAAAUUUAUGUCGAUAUUUGGAUAUCAUACGAAGUAAACAUGAGCGAAUAAUUGUGGUUUCACAAAUUUGGGGUGAAUCUUUAGAGAAAUAUUCUCAAGAAAAGAAAGUAUUUAAUGAGGAGGAAUUAUUUUUUAUUGCGUACCAAAUUUUAAAUACUCUUAAAUUUUUACAUGAGAAAGAUAUUGUUCAUCGUAAUCUUAGUCCAGAGAAUAUUUACAUAAAUAAAGAGAAUCAAAUUAAGUUUUUUAAUUAUGGUUUGUAUUAUAUGACAGGCGAUGGAAAAUAUGUCCCAUUUCCUAUUGGAACACCCAAAUAUAUGGCACCGGAAGCACUUCUAGCUGGUCCAAUGAAACAAUCAUUAGGUCCGAAACCUGAUUUAUGGUCAGUUGGUAUAAUUUUAGCGGAAUUAGCUUUAGGAAUAACAUUCUGGACAAACUUAAAACUUAAACAACUACUACGCAAAAUUUUGAGUUUACUAGAAGGAAAUGGCUCAACAUUCGAACGAAUUGCACGAGAACAUAACUGCCUAGAGAAAUAUCAGAACUUAUCACCGGAAUUAACGAAUUUAAUUGAGUCAUGCCUACAAGUAACUGGAUAUAAACGUUUAACAACGGCUGAGAUUUUACAAAAUUCAAUUUUUGAUAAAUUUAAAAUAGAAAAUGAAAGUGAAUCCGAGCGAAAGAAAAAAUUAUGUGCACCAUUUACUAUCGUAGAACUAUAUUAUUGGUGGCAAUUAGCGGGAGGUGAUAUUUAUACGGAACUGAAAAAAGAAGGUUUAAUUUUAAAUAAGCCACCAAUUUUAAAUUUACCAAAAGUUGUUUUAUUAGAUGGUAAGGUCCUCGGAGGUAAGAGGCGCGAAGAGACUUUACUCGAUUUACGUGUUGUUCCCGUAAAUUUGGAUUCUUUAUACAAACGAUUUAGUCAUAUCCCAUUAAAAUGUUUUUAUCCGUUAAUUCGUACCACAUCAAAAAAGAUUAACGAUGCUGAACCCGAACCAUAUGACGCUGAUCAACUUCCACUAAUUAUUCGGGAAAAGGAUCCUGAAUAUCAAUUUCAUCGUGUUAUUUUACUGGGACGAAUGUUAAAGGGUUAUCCAUCGACAAGAGAUUUAAUCGUGAAAGAGGCAAAAAUUGAUAUUCCACCCUUAUUACGAGGUCCUAUUUGGGCUGCAUUAUUGAACGUAGGUGGAUCGUAUGUUGAAAAUUAUAUUCGAAUUGAUAAGGAAACUCAAACGUCUACUGACCGACAGAUCGAAGUCGACAUUCCUAGAUGUCAUCAAUAUAACGAAUUACUCUCUUCAGGCGAAGGUCAUCGUAAAUUGAAACGUAUUCUCAAAGCCUGGGUUGUUCGUAAUCCAGAAUAUGUAUAUUGGCAAGGUCUUGAUUCAUUAACAGCGCCAUUUUUGUAUUUAAACUUUAAUAAUGAAGCACGUGCCUAUGCAUGUUUAUCAGAAUUCAUUCCAAAAUAUUUACAUAAAUUCUUUUUAAAAGAUAAUUCAGCAAUAAUUCAAGAAUAUUUGGCAAAAUUUUCACAAAUUAUUGCAUUCCAUGAUCCACAACUGGCAAAUCAUUUACAUUCCAUUAGUUUUAUUCCAGAAUUAUUUGCCAUACCAUGGUUUUUAACAAUGUUUUCACAUGUGUUUCCCUUGCACAAGAUUUUACAUUUGUGGGAUAAAUUAUUAUUGGGUGAUUCAUCUUUUCCACUAUUUAUUGGCCUCGCCGUUCUACACCAAUUACGAGAUACCUUGUUGUCAUCUGGUUUCAAUGAAUGCAUUUUAUUAUUUUCUGAUUUACCCGAAGUUGAUAUUGCUGUUUGUGUUUCUCAUUCGGUUGAGAAAUAUUCUUCUACCCAGCGUAGUAUAACACUACGUAAACAUCAAAAUGGCGGAUGGAGUUCCAAUUCAGAAUUGGAUAUAUCUGAUGUGGAAUUACGUGAUUUACAGUUGGAAUUUUGCCCUAGAAUUAGUGCAAACGACGUUGUACAUUUAUUGAAUAACUCACCGGAUCAGAUUAUUAUUGUCGAUAUAAGACCUGCCGCCCAAUAUAAUCGUGCAGCAGUUAAGAAAAGUAUAAACGUACCAUUUGCAUUAAUUCAGCAGGAAGAUCCGAAUAUAGAAUGUUUAGGGCCACAAGCUGCAGUUUUAAAGGACAAUUUAUUUCAUACAAUUGUAGUGGUGGCUGCCGAACAUGUCCAAGCAGAAGUUUUUUCGAGAUAUCUGGUCCAGUGUGAAGUUAGUCGAGUUUGUAUUUUACAUGGUGGUAUUAAUAUUUUAUAUUCGGUUACUCCAACAAUUUUAAUAUCAAAU